CCCCCCCUCUCCGUGACUGAUACACGGGCUGAGACAACACAGCAACUGUGGCUGCUGCCGACGUGCUGGAUUGAUUUUCCCUUUCAGCGUGUGUCAGGAUGGCAUAUGAGGACCCGAACGUGGUGUUUGAGGACGAGAAUGACGUGCUGUUGGACCAUUUCUACUUCCACAAACAGGUCAGAGUCACACCAGGGCGCGCCAAGGAUCGUCUGCUUCAUUCCGGGGCUGCUACUGCACUGCACUGGGGUGUUUUGCAGUUUGCCGAUCGGUUGUAUUGGGGCAUCGUUGCGUGGAAGGUCAGUCAGUCCAUGGACUCAGUCAGCCUAUACAGAGAGGGAGGCUGUGCUGGGGCACACGAAGACGGAUCGGGUGUCUCUGUGUGCACUGGUGUGUGUGCAGGAGUAUCUUGGCCGCGGCAAGACCGCAGAAGGGGUGAGAGAUGAUGAUCAACAAGAGAGCACCAUGGCAUGUUGGAGCAUAUGUGUGUGUGUGGCGGGGCGGCAUUCCCUGCCUGCACUCACUGCAGGGCGAUGAGCAGUACAUGUGCGUCUACACCGAUGGCGACUCGGAGCACAUGCACAAAAACGCCAUCAUGUAAGCCAGCCCAAUUUCCGUACGUGUGUCUCACACGGCUCGGUGUGUCAAGAAUGAAUGUCUAUCGCCUGUCGCUUUCCCCAAACAGAGAGCUGCAGGCCCCUUUGGGCGGUCGUCUGCCGCCCAUCAACCAGCGUCGUGCGCUGUGUGAGCUGAAGGAGUACGUCAUCGCCCGCCGCCAGAACGGCCACACGCCCCACACACUGGACCAGUCCCACCUCGAUCGCAUCAUCCGCCGCAUGAAGGCUACGGAAAACAAGGGGCACGAAUACUGGCGACGACGGGGUACGCGGUUCGUGGCAGAUUGCAACAGCACGUCCUAGACACGAGCAUGCCUAUUGCAUGCCACCAGGUGAAUGGGGCAUGUACAAGCCGAAGGGGUCGUCGGCUUGUCCGCCAACACCGUCUCAGAACAGCCAUGCAGGCGGCGACGACCAACCCUCCACGGUGCAGCGGGGCCUCCGACGCCCACGUGAUGAUGGCUUGGCGGGACCCGGCUCGUCGAGGGCAGCCGGGGACGUGUCCAAGCGGGUGAGGCAGCAGCGAGGGAGGAAGAAACAUGACGACGAGGAGGAAGAGAUAGAAGAGGCUGGGACAGAGACGUGCAUGAAGGCGGAGAACGGGGAGGGGGAUGCUGAAAAGGGUGCUUAUGCGUCUUUUGCUAAGCACCGAGAGACAGGGCCCCCACCGAAGCUCGUGGUGAGCGCUCCGCUGCCACCGAACCCACUCAUCCGUUCGUUCAUCGAGUUCUGAGUCCACCCCCCCCCAAAUCGUUGUCAAUAUCUCUCAGGCGGGCCCUUCGAUGACUCUCGAGGACGUCAACGCCUUCCUGGGGUGGGUGACAACUGAACAUCAACAAGCUAGGCCGUCGCAUCGCAUUCCUGUGUCCGUCUGUUCUUGUAUUUCCUGUUUGUGAAGGUACUUUGGUGCCAUGCGGCUCAGUUCCGACAUCUGGACGCUCAAAGACUUUUGUCACUUCGCGACACACCUCGACAAAGAGACAAAGGCACACGAAAGAGAGACAAAGAGAGACACGCAAACAGGUGUGUGUGUGUGUGUGCGUGCGUGUGUCGGUAGUUGUGGGACGUGUUAACGGGAAAGCGUCCAGAACAGGUGGUUGACCGGCGGCUCAAGGAGGCCGUCUUCUACGCUCAGAUCUGCCUCGAAAACCAAAAGCAGUACCUCUCCAUCCAACACGAACAGCAGCAUGCCGCAGCAGCAGCGACCAAGAGGGAGUCCUAAGGCACGGCAAGGCAAGGAGGAAUCAAGGAACACAUACAGUAAGUACAUAGCAGAGAAACUUGGCCCGGCUGCAUGCAAUGCAACGGAGAGAGAUGGGCUGACUAAAUGCUCUACUGACUGACGGCACAUGACACUGAACGGAAGGGACCAAGGGCCUUCGUCCCAUCCUGACGCACACAAACGAACUGUGAUAUCUCAGCAGGUUGAAUGCAUGAGUGAGGGAAUGGAGACGGUCCAUAAUCGGAGA